CGCACCUCGGGGUGCGGCCGCUGAACUCCGGGUCCAGCCCCCAUCGGCGCGCUGCGAAUCGGCCACUCCGGUCCGGGAACUCAGCACGGCCUCCUCUCUGGAGAGGCAAAGUCCUCGUGUGGCCUCCUGCCUCGUACACAGCCUGUGUCCUCGGGAGCCCAGCUUGCAGACGGCGGCAGUGGUACCCAUGGGAUCUGCUGACCGUCAGUUCCACCUCGCUGAGCUCCUGACACAGAACUACAACCCCCAGGAAGGGCGUGCUGAGGCCCCGCAGGAUCCUGACAAGCCGGAGGCGGGGCUGGACAAGGACUUCAUCGACCAGAGCGCUGACAUGCCCCUGGACGAGCUGCUUGCACUGUAUGGGUACGAGUCGUCAGACCCCAUCUCUGAGCAGGAGAGCGAGGGCGGUGAUGCGGCGCCUGCCCUCCCAGACAUGACCUUGGACAAGGAGCAGAUAGCCAAGGACCUGCUUUCUGGGGAAGAAGAGGAAGAAACGCAGUCCUCCGCUGAUGACCUCACCCCAUCCGUCACCUCCCAGGAGGCCUCAGACCUCUUCCGUAACCAGAGUGGGUCCCGGUUCUUGGCUGGCGAUAAUGGCCCAGGAUCCUCAGCCUCCUCUGACACUGAAGAGGACGCGCUUCCUGCCAACAAGUGCAAGAAGGAGAUCAUGGUGGGGCCUCAAUUCCAAGCUGACCUCAACAUCCUGCACUUGAAUCGACAUUGUGACAAGAUCUAUGAAAACGAAGACCAGCUACUGUGGAGCCCCAGUGUGCUUCCGGAGCGGGAGGUGGAGGAGUUCCUGUACAGGGCAGUGAAACGGAGGUGGCAGGAGAUGGCUGGCCCCCAGAUCCCGGAGGGCGAGGUGGUGAGGGACAGUGAGCAGGCACUGUACGAGCUCGUGAAGUGUAAUUUCAACGUGGAGGAGGCGCUGCGCAGGCUGAGGUUCAAUGUGAAGGUGAUCAGAGACGGGCUCUGUGCCUGGAGCGAGGAGGAGUGCAGGAACUUUGAGCAUGGCUUCCGAGUUCACGGGAAGAACUUCCAUCUGAUUCAGGCCAACAAGGUACGCACGCGGUCAGUGGGCGAGUGUGUGGAGUAUUAUUACCUGUGGAAGAAGUCCGAGCGCUAUGACUACUUUGCCCAGCAGACGCGGCUGGGUCGGAGGAAGUUUGUCUCCUCGGGAACCACGGAUACUGAGCAGGACCUGGAUGCUCUUGACCCUGACGGCCAUGCCCGGCUGCAGUCGGAGGCAGGGGUGCCCGUGGAGCCUCUGAAUGUGGCCGUCGAAGCCGGUGGACUUGAUCAGCCUGGAGUAGGCUCGGAUGGCCUCCCAUCCUCGGAGCCAGGACUGUGUCCAUUGCAGCCGCUGGACGAAGCCCCUGCUGAGCUGUCGCUCCCACAGCCCACCAGCCUGGCCACCUCGGCUGAACACCCGCCGGCUGCGGCUGCUCCAGAGCCGGGCAGCAGCCCUAGGCUGGCUGUGGACCUUGCCCUACCUGAGGAGCUGCCCCUUGCGUCCAGCCCCGUGGACCUGAGCCAGGACACUGCAGAACCCAUGGCCCCGGCACAGGUGGCCUUGUCGGUCGCUGAAUUUGGACUCAUUGGCAUUGGGGAUGUGAAUCCCUUCCUAAGUGGCCGUCCAGCGUGCCCAGCCCCCACACUGCACUCGGAGCCCUUGUCACAGUGCAACGUGAUGACCUGUUGAUCCCUGGUCACUGUGGGUACGUGUGCUCAGAAUGGACGUGGCAGCACUGCCAGGCCUGCGAGUCAGUCUUCCUGACCCCCCUUCCCACGCAGGCCUGUGUGAAGUGGCCAGGGCCACACAGACCCCAGACCUCGGCACCCAGCACCGCCACAGCCCCAGGCUGCUGCCACCAUGCUGUGGAGUCACCUGGCAGCUGGGCUCAAAGAGGGCCCGUCCCAACAUGGAGCCAGCCACCGGCCCUCAGCCAGCAGAGGCUGGUCAGGCGGUGCUGCCUGGGGCUUUGGGCAGGACUCACCCCGCACCAGCAGCCUCCGCCCAGGCCAGCACCCUCCACAGGCCAGCUCUCUCCCCACCACAGCAGGGUCGUGGCCUCCAGCCUUGGCUCAGCGUGGGACUCUGGGGCACAGAGCCAUAUACCUCGCCCUGUGGCCGCCCUCUCUCGGCCCUUUGCCGUCUUCACUUCAGGAAAAGCCGCACUUUAUACCCCAACUGCCUCCUGCCUGCACUCCCCACCCUGUGCCGUGGUGGGGCCUUUGCAUCCCAGGCGCGUGAGGAGCAGAUGGUCUGCUCCCUUCUUGCCCCUCUUCUCGGGGCGUCUGGGGGCACAGCCCUGGAAGCACCACCCUGCCACCCACCUGUCCUGUGGGUCUCAUUUCUCUGGAGGCUCCUAGCAGGGUGGCUGGGUCCAUCAUGUCCUCGGCCUCCCUCGUUUUAUUUAUGUUGGUGUUUACAGUUUGGAGUGGGGUCCCUGGGCAGGCAGCUCCGCCGGUGUUGGCAGAGCGGUGCUGUUUGAGCCUGUGCGGCUGGACUUGACCGUCCCUCGCCCCACCGAGGACACUGUGAUGCGAGACUGCCUUUGCCCACUGCUAUUUUAUUUAUUAAACUUGAUUUGAAGCCCA